CGCGUCGGCAUGCCGCGGUUGCUAGUGAACUGCGAACGCGCAGGAGCGGAACUCAAGUUUGAGCCAGGGUACUCGAAAUAACGAAAUAAAAGUCCCGGUCCUAAAUAAGCCGAGCGCGCAAGCUUUUUAUGCGGGAUUUGCUUUUCUCAUGGCUCCUGAAGCUACGCCCUCGCCAAUCAGGGGGCACCCGGGCGAGCCUGCCGCGCAUCUUUUCCGACCGCUUUGCAACGAAAAUAGCCUACAAGGCUGCCCGGCUGUUCGGGGGUGGGCUCCCGCCGUCGGGUUUGUUCGCGUGUUCGUUUCUCGCCGGUGCAGGCUGUUGGCCAGGAUGCCUGCAGCUUGUGCACAGGCACGCGAGUGGUGGCACAAUGCCGCAGACCGGUCCCCGCUCUCAGGGGCUUAUCCUUAUUGGCAGGCCUGUUUUUCUGGGCAUCUGCAAACAUGCGGCGCCGAGUCCCUCGGGGGAGGUUGUGCUUGCGCCGCCUUCCGUGUUCAUCUUCCUUGCCGGGGGGUAGCUUUCUCAGCCACGCGCGUGCCAGUAUUGGCGGGCGUCUUUUCCUCGCCGAAUGAAAGCGCUGGGAUGGGGUUGGCAGCUUCUACUUCUAGCUGGCUCCUGCGCUCUGUUGUUGUUUCGCCUUUCUCCUUAUCUUUGCCCCAGGCUUUCGGGGGUGGGAGGGUGGGGGAUCCCCUUGCUUACACGCGCCACCCGCUGCAACUGCAUAAGCCACCGGCCAAGUAAGGCGCUGGCUUGUGGUGUUAUCUACCUCUAGGGGACUGGCCUCGGGGGUUUGUCUUUGUGGCUGCUUGACGUUUCGAGGGAGUGUCGCCCAAUCCACUGCUACGGCCCGCCCACGAUGUGCACUGCCUUUGCUUGUCUUCGUGGUCCGCUUCCUUGGGGGUUUUCUCCGAUGAUGAAGGGGAGCGGCCCAUCCACCGCUCGCAGAUACCCGCGGCGCGGUGGCUCUCUUCUUUGUUGUUUCUUUGUGUUUGCUUUUGCUGGUCAGCUCUGCUCCUAGGCUGGCUGUGAGUGUGGUCUCCCUGAGUCAUGGGAGCAUGGGCGGCCACGCGCUUCACCUUGGUCACGUGUUGUGUUUAUUGUCUUCAGGCUCGGGGGAGCAGCGCGGCUUCGCCUUCGUGUGUGUCGUCGGGGGACAGGGUGCUUCGCUUAGUGCCUGGGCGUGUUUCGAUCGUUUGUCUCCUUCGCGCAUUGCUUCGGGGGGCUGCCAGCGUGGUGCUGCUUGGUCUUCUUUUAUCUUCGUUCUUGGUGGUGGCGUGGGCGAGGUGGGUCGUUGUGCCAGUGCCAGCGCUUCGCCCUUAUUGGUACCAAGGGAGCUGCCAGCUUGUUGGGCUGUGGCCUGGUGUGCUGCGUGUGUGCUCUUUUGAGAGGCUGACGCUCGGGCAGGGUGGCUUGUGUAUAAUUGUUUGGCUUUGGGCGGAUGUUUUUGCGGCGUGCCAACAGCUUGGGGCAGCUGUUUUUCGGGGGUUGGGGGGUGGUUUUUCGGCUUGGGGUGUUGUUCGGCGGGUGGUAAGCCACGUUACUGCUAAAGUUAGCUGGGCUGGCUUGGCUGUUGUCGCAGUCCCAUCGCCUGAGCAUCAGGGGAGAUGGAUGCCCCGCGGGGUGUCUGCUUCGGGGACUUUCCCCGGGGGGUGUAGGGGGUGUCGCUUAUAGAAGUGCUCGGAGGCAUGUCUGGUGGGCUUUUUCGGGGGCGUGUGGGUUACGCUGCAGGGGCGCAGGACCAUCUAGUUGGUGCUCGCCGCGCCUUGUGAUGGUUCUCUUUUCCAAGGGUUGCGGCUGUUCGUUCUUGGGGAUUUCAGAAGCCGGGUCGGGCCCGUCUGGCUUAAUCCCGUUGGACGCGCGUCCAACGGGAUUAAGAACGGCCGUUUCUUAAUCCCGCGCACUUUUUAAGGGCAGGAUUAUGAUCUGGCGUUUCUUAAUCCUGUUGGACGCGCGUCCAACGGGAUUAAGCCGGACGGGCCCGACCCGGCUUUUGAAAUCCCGAACAGAGGGCGCCCUCGCACGUCUGGGGCCUUCGCAGGUUGUGGGGGUAUUCGGUCUACUCUGUGCGUUUCUGCGGGGGUUUUCGUUUUUCCAAGUGUGGUCAAUUAUCGAGGCCGGGGGGGCAUUGCUCAUCCUGUUCUUCUGCAUUGCCUCGCCCGCGCCCUGGUCGUCGUUCGUGGCUUGUGCCUUGUCAGAGGUGGGGGAGAUAAGUGGAGAAGCAAGCGGGGGCGGCCGCUUGGCGUCGCCAGUGAAGGGUGUCGUGUGCGUAUACUAGCAGGGGGGGUGGUGGGUGGCAUUCGCUUGCUUUGGUUUGUCUUGCUCUUGGUGUGGUCAGUCGUGUGUCGUAAGCGUGCUCGCUGGGGUCUUAGGGUUUGUCGCAGGCGUUCGUUUGGUAGACUUUUUCUUUGGAUCGCAUGGCAAACCGCCCAGGGAUUGUCUGUCUGUGGUUGGUUGUUGGUGACCAGAAGCCGAUCAGGUGCCCCCACGCGAAGGCUGGCCAAGCCAGGUGGGCUAACUGGGAAGCGGGGCCUCUUCGUGGAAACAAAUGCAAAGCCUCAAACGCCGGGCAAAGGCGUGCCCAACCACCACGCAUGACGCCACUCGGCGGCGCUUGUUCUUGGAUGGGGUGGCGACUCGCGUGGGCGUGGUUCUUUCUUCAGGGCUGUCGUGGAUCUCUUAGAUGUGAACGAAGACAGCUGCCGUUGUUUCUUUGUGUGUAUGUCUUACUUUGCUUGUUGGUUGCCUGCGGUCUCGCGCCUGGGCGUGUAUCUGGCUGCCGCCUGCCAUUUCUUUUGGAUGGAUGCUCUGCUCGUGUGUCUUUGUGGUUGUGUGUGAGUGCUGUCUGUGUCCACGGGCGGCCGCAGCGUGGUGCGUAUGCUCGGUGCCCCGUUUGUGAUGGGCGUGCCAGCCCAAGUGACAGAUCGAGGGAGGCACACGCCGGACUGCAGUGUCUGUCUCGCAAUAUGGGCCUGCUGGUGCAGGCUCGGGCCCGUUGCGUAGGCGUCAGCCGGUGCCCGUGGGCAAAGAGCUCCGGGCCACCGGCACGGCGCCGUGGCCAGGUACGUGAACUGAAGCGAGGGGGGCGGCGUCGUCUCUUACAAGGCUCAAAACAGGCGUCCGGCGUUGGCUUAUGACUGCGCGCGCGACUGCGACGCGUGUUUGGGUUUCAGAUUGUUAGCUGGUCGCCUGGGCUGCGUGGUGUCUUAUUCAUUGUGUUCCCCAAGCCCUCACCCUCCGCCCCUCGCCUCGUGUGCUGCGGUGUUUCUUUGUUUUGGCUUGGCGCUCCGGUUCUUUUCUGGCGGGCUGCCUCUCGGUGCGCUUUUGAGGGGGGUGGGAAGUGGUGCGCCUGACUCAGGCAGUGGCUGGCUUGGGUGAGAGGGUCUUCUUGGUGCUGCGGGGUUGGCAGGGAGGGCGCCGGGGUCUCUGGCUGGUGUCUGUCAUGUUAUGUGUCUUCAGCGGCUGUGGCAGGUCGUGCUGGGCUCGUCAGUCGGGCUCUGGGUGUCCUCGUUUCGCUGUCUUGGCGGCUUGAGUAUGGCUAUUUCAGUCCGCGGGGAAAAUGCUCUGCAUCCAUCGCGCAUAUGUGUUUCUCUUUUUGCCCUCUGUUCUGCGUGCUGGGCGGGCAGGCCUCCCCCGCUGCUUGUGUCUCUUAUGUGUCUGCAUUAUAGAGGGAUGGCCCCACUGCCACUGCGACCAUGCGCGUGCGCUUGGCUUAUUUGCUUAUUUCGGACUGGGAUGAUUAUUCCGUUAUUACGAGUACGGGAAAACUUUAGAAGCUGAGCGUCUUCACGCGGUCAGCUUCGUGCGUGGAGGCUUUCGCUGUUUUGAGGAAUUGCCCAGAGCUAGGACGGACGGGGACGACGGAGGCUCUAGCAGUAUUGGCGAGGGCUGUUGCUGUGUGGACCCCCCGGGGGAAGUUCAGGCUCAACAAAGUACUUCAGCAGAGGCAGUUCAAACUUUAAAUCAAUUCGGACGAGGAUCUCAGCGCAACUAGCGGGAUACCUACCUCUGUGAGCAAAC